AUGUCUAAAGAUACUGUUAAAUCUUUAAAAAAGCAAAAUGAUGAACUCAAAUUACAGAUUGACUCCCUGGUCGUACAAGUUAAAAAACUACAAGAAGAUGUUAAACAGAGCGAAGCGAAGGAGAACAGCCAUGGUGAACGAAGCAAGACAGCUCCGGAUAAAGAAACUGCCGCCAGCCUACAAUAUUUAGGCAACGAAUACGACGAGCUACAGCAGUUUAGGAAAAAAGCUAAACAACAAAUAUCCCAAUUGCAGACAAAUUAUCUAGUAUGAUCGACGAAGCACAGCAAUAUAGUUACUCCUACAAUAUAAAACUAAUGGGAAUUUCCGAACUAAACUCGAAAGAAUCGGCGAUCGAAACUAGUCAACUCUGUAUAAAAAUCUUUAAUGAAAUGGGCGCUAACGUAUCAAUUGGUGAUAUAGAUAUUGCACAUCGCGUACCAACGAGAACUUUUGCUGACCAACCGAAACCAAUCAUCUGCAAAUUUAUUUGAAGGCUUGCUCGUGAACAAGUCAUGACAGUUAGAAGAGAUGUGACUAAAAUUAAUCCAACGUGUAUUGGUCUACCUGCUGAAUCAACUAUGCACUAUGCUGGUAUUUACGACCAUCUUACACCCAAACAACAAAAGUUGCUGGCAGACACCAAGAAAUUUAAAAGUGAGCACGACUACAAGUUUUGCUGGAUUAAGAAUAAUAACAUCUUUUUAAGGAAAACUGAGAAUUCUCAACCAAUUAUGAUCAAAGAGCAACGCAACCUGGAUACAUUGAUAAGCUGA